UGUCAGCUGGGUGAUGAGGCUCUGGUGGCUGUGACAUCACAGAGGAUGGGUCACAGUGAAAUCUGUCCCUAAGGACAACACUGGGCAGCCCCAUUGCAGCUGGACUGGGGUGAUUCGUGUGUGCACAUGCACGGGGAAGGCUGGGGUGGAUAGGGGACUGGACAGAUGCCCAGGGGGGUUCCUAACUCUGAGUGAGGGCUGAGCCCUUCAGAGCAGGGCAAGGUUCUGCCCUUGGGGCUGGGGACAGUGGGAGUUGGGGAUCUCUGUGCUGGCUUUUGGGCCUGUCCCUGCUUUGCCAAGAGACCCCUUGGAACCUCCUGCAGUGAGUUUGGACUUGGUGCAGUGAUGCCCAGAACCCACUGAGCAUUGAAGUCUGGGGCUUGUCAGCUCUGGUGGCUGUGACAUUACAAAGAACAAGUGACAGUCGGAGCCAUCCCCAGGGACACCACCAGACAAUUCCCCUGUAGCUGGACUUGGGCAAUUGGCCAUGGCUGUGACAAUUAUCCUUCUCCUGGCUGUGCUGGCCAUCAUGCCUGCGCAGACACAAGAUCCACAGAUUGAUAUGACCAUGGUCCAGCAGAUGCAGCAGCGUGAGGAGUUUCUGCAGCAGGAGGUGAUGAGGCUGCUGCAGGAGAUUGAGUGGAUCAGGUCCCCACAAGAAGCUCCACUCCUCUCUGGGUUGCAGAUCUGUCUCUUCUGGGCUGCUGCAGCAACCAUGCUGGUGGAGGUCUGCUGGCUGGCCUGGCAAAUGAAGCUUGCCCCUUGCAGCUGCUGUGUGCAGGACAGCUCUGGCAACAAGGAAGAAAAUGACAAUGAGGAUGAGAAGCUCAAAGGAGCAUGCCAAAGGGUCAGGUUGCUUUCUGUGCCAAACCUAUUGUCUGUGCAGGAACUGUCUGACACGUGCAGGAAUGUGAAGAAGAUGAUGCAUGAUGUCCUCCGUGUCUGCCGAGUGCUUUCCAAAGACACUUUCAUGCCGGACAUGCACCCAGUGACUGGGAAGAAUGGCAUCCAUGAAUCCUGGACUAUCUUUGAGGAGCAACUCUUGUACCAGCUGCUCGUGUUCCUGCAGCCACCCCCCGGGCACUUUUUCAAGCUGGAGCUGUAUGGUGGGACACAUCUGCCAGAGAGGUGCUCCAACAUCCGUGUGGUGCUGGAGUGCACCUGCUUGAGGAAAAUGGGGAAUAUUCCAUGUUUUAUCCACCCCUCCAAGACCAGCGAGACGGGCCAGCACUCACCCCUGCUGCAGAACCUCUGCACAGGCUCCUACCUAGACGUGGAGGAAAUCACCUGCUGGGUGCAGAACUUGGUCCAGACAGCCUGGGAGCAUCUGCCCCAGUGGCAGGACUGGCAGCUCACGGUGCUGCCCAGCUCCCACUCCUGCCGGCUGCUGCUGAACGGCCCCUCUGAGCUGCAGCUCUGUGCUGUGCUGGUGUUUGCCGUGGAGCAGGGCAGCCCAGGCACCUUCCUGGUCCUUCAGUAGGAGUGGCCAGCGUUCCCAGGGGCUGCCUUGGGCUGGGGCUGGCUGGGGAAUAGGGAGUAGACACAGACAGACAGCUGAGCUUGGCUGCCCAAAGGGAUCUGCUGGACUAUACAACACUGAACCCCUAAACAUGUGCUGACUGGGCCUGAUCCCUUGGUUGUCCCACAUGUGCUGUGUGAUCACACUUAAGAUGCUCUGUUCCAUAACCUUGCUGGGCACCAAGAUCAGGCUGACAGGCCUGGAGUUCCCUGGAUUCUCCUUCCAGCCCCUGUGGAUGGGCCUCACACUGGCAGCUCCAGUUCUGGGACCUCCCCAGCUAGCCAGGACUGAUGAUGGAUGCUGGAGAGGGGCUUGAUCAGCUCUUUUGCCUCCACCUGGAUUUCAGGGGUUCCAUUCCAGCUUAGGGGGCAGACAGGGAUGAGGAUAACUGGUCUUACUGUUGACUGAGGCAAAGAAGAUGUAAAGUACCUCAGCCUUUUCUCUCUUUAGUGACUGAGUUUUCUUCUGGGUCCAGUAAAGAAUGGAGCAUUCCUUGGCCCUCCAACUGCCGUUAAUGUAUUCAUAAAACAACUUUUUAUUAUCCUCGACAAAAGUGGCCAAAUAAGUUCUGAGCUUUUGCCUCUCUAGUUUUCUUCCUACAUUACCUAAAGACAUCUAUAAACACUUCCUGAGCUGCCUGCACCUUUUUCCAGAGCUGAUUCCCCUGGUGGGCUCACCAGCUGUGCCAGGAAGUGAAGUUCUCAGCCACACACUCCGGGACCCUCCCAGGCUGCCCCUGCUGUGUUGAGUUUCCAGCAGACAUCCAGCAGGUUCCUCCUUCUUCUUUCUCCCUCUUUAUGAAUGGAUUCUGGUGGAAUAUGGCAUGGAAUAUCCCUUUGGGGUGCCCUAACCCUAACCUUGGGCUCAGCUGUGCUGUCUGUGUCUACUCCCAACUGCCCAAGUACCCUCUUGUGGUUCCAGCCCAAGCCAGCAAUUAACACCACACAGCCCUUACUCAAAACCCUCCUCUUCCCCCCACCUUGGUGGAGUGGGGAGGAGAAUCUAAAGUAAAACUUAUAGGUUUAGAGAAGUUUAAAAAUUAAUCAUUUAGAGAAGCUUAGUAACUGCAAACAAAGUCAAAUACUGCAAUAGUGGUAAAUAAUAAUAGUAUUGAUGAUACAACUGAAAAGAAAAGAAGCAACCAAACUUGUGAGGCACAAUACAAGUACUCACUACCUACUGACCAACAAUGCCAGAGCCACCUCUCCGAACCAGAUCAGGCCCUGUUCCAGAUAAUUUCCCCAGUUUAUAUACUGGGCAUGCUAUUCUCUGGUGUGGAAUAUCCUUUUGGCCCGUUUGAGUCAUCUGUCCUGGCUAUUCUCUCUGCCAGUUUAUUUUCUGUACCUUCUCAAUGACAGAGCAUGAGACCCAAAAGGAAAAAAAAAUCCUUGACAUAGGAUAAAUAGGACUUAGCAAAAACAAAAUCAUCAGUAUUUUGUCAACAUUUUUCUCCUAAAUGAAAAACACAGCACUGUACCAGCUACUGAGAAGAAGUUAAGUCCAUCCCAGCCAAAGCCAGGCCAUCCCCAGCCCCCUCACCAGAGUGACAGCGUGAGAAGCAGAAAAGGCCUUGAUGCCGUGCAAACACUGCUGAGCAAUAAGAAAAACCUCCUUGUAUUAUCAACACCGUUUUCAGCAGAAAUCCCAAACACAGCCCCACUGUGAUCACUAAAGAAAAGUAACUCAACCCCAGUCAAAACCAGCACACUGAGCAACAGGUUUUGAACUAUUUUCUGUGGUACAGAGAGAACAAAAUUCAGGCACAAAAGUCUGCUAGCUAGUUCCAGUAAUAGUACAAAAGGUCAUUUUUCCGAAUGGCUAAACUGCACCCCCAGGCUUUCAGAAUUAUGUGCUGUGUCAUUAUUAAGAAAAAUCUCAUUGCAUUAAGAAGCAGCCAUUGCUUUUAAAAAGACAGAGGCAAUGGGUUUUUUUUAAAAAAAACAAACCCAAGAAAGCCUUAUCACAAAAACAGUGUGAGCUGCAUUUGAAAAUAAAGUUUGUAGUUCAAACUGAGA